AUUCAGUGACACAUGAAUAUAAUAGUAUAUAACGAAAAAGUAACAAAAAUUAAUCAUGACACAGAAAAUACAAGUCAAAUAAUAAAUAGUGGGUCGGAGAGACCUUAAAAUUCUAUCAACCCCAUUAGUCCAAGCCUAACUUCAUAUAUUCAUGUGAUGAUAUCAUGACUUUCAAUAAUUUAAUUUGAUAGGUAAAAAUAAAAGAUUUGUGAUCAAUGGGGCGUUUUUUCUCAAUACAAUCAAGAAUGGCAUCGAAGAAUAGAAACCGAGAAAAACAAUCCCUCAAAUGGACGGUGAUUCUAUGUGCUAUUAGUUUUGGCCUUGGCAUGCUAUUCACCCACAGAAUAUGGGUCAAUCCUCUGUCAGAGGACUACAAGCUUUACGCCAGACGACAUUUGGGUGAAUUUGAAGUCAUUUCUGAUGAUUGUGAGAGAAAUAAGGAACUAAUUCAUGAUGAUCAAGUUAUUAAAGAGUUCAAUAAGGCACACGAAGCCAUCGAAUAUUUGGAUUCCUCUGUUACUAAGCUACGUUCGGAGUUGCCAUCAUCGAACAACGACAAUGGAGAUUCUGAGAAUUCAACUAACAAUGCUGACAUAAAAAGAAAAAAGGAAAAGGGCAUUGUGGUUCGUUUCAUGAUUGGUCACAGUGCCACAUCCAACAGCAUAUUGGACCGUGCAAUUGAUUCAGAGGAGGCCCAACAUCAAGAUUUUCUUAGGCUUACACAUAUCGAAGGAUAUCAUGAAUUAACAGCAAAGACAAAAUCAUUUUUCACAACUGCUGUAGAAAGGUGGGAUGCAGAUUUUUACGUAAAAGUGGACGAUGAUGUUCAUGUGAAUUUGGGGACCUUAGCAGCAACUCUAGCACGCCACCGCUCAAAGCCCAGAGUUUAUAUUGGGUGCAUGAAGUCAGGCCCAGUUCUUUUUCAAAAGAGUGUCAAGUACCACGAGCCAGAAUAUUGGAAGUUUGGAGAAAUAGGGAACAAAUAUUUUCGACAUGCUACUGGUCAGAUAUAUGCUUUAUCAAAGGACCUUGCAGAAUACAUCUCCAUCAAUCAGCACAUUCUACACAAAUAUGCAAAUGAAGACGUAUCUCUCGGCUCGUGGUUCAUCGGUCUUGAAAUUGAACAUAUUAAUGAUGGUGGCAUGUGUUGUGGAACUCCACCAAGAUGUGAGUGGCGAGAAGGAAUGUCACCUGUUUGUGCAGCAUCAUUUGAUUGGACAUGUAGUGGUAUUUGUAAAUCGGUCGAGAGAAUGAAAUUUGUACACAUGAAGUGUGGUGAAGAUGCUUCCACUCUCUGGAAUGCCCUUUUCUAAGCUAUAGGUAUCGACCACAAUAAUAAAUAAAUACAAAAUAAACUUGAAUGUAUGAAAUAAUGAUGAUCGAUGUCGCUAAUUUUUGAAUGCUGAAUUCAUGAAGAGUCAUAGCAAAACGAUAAAAAGAAUCUAUACUUAUAUAAUAAGAAUUAACAUUUAUUCAAAAUAGUAGGUCAAAUUAUGGUCAAUGUCGGAUUUGCAUUAAAUAUUUUCCAAAACUGGUAAGUUUUUGUCCUUUUCACACUUCUCAUUAAUUAUGUCAUUUUCACACAUCUAAUUAAAUCAAUCUAUCUGAGCUUUAAUCGUUAAAAUGUAUAGCGAUCUGUUAUGAUCUUAUCCUAUUGAUAUUUUCAUGAAGCGU